CAGUAAUCAUCUUUUGCUCACCGCUUGCCUCAUCACACAUCACCCACUGGAUGUUAUCUCUCCCCAAUCCCACCUGCCUCCAUCAUGUCCCCUCGUGCCUUCUCUUUGUAGAUCCUGUGGCACCACUACCACCGAAAAAGCCAUGACCUCCCGCUCCCGGUACCGUCUCCUCUUUGCCGUCUCUUGCGUUCUGUUCACCUACUCCUUCCUCAACCACCACAAGCUUCCCCUAAACUUUGACAUACUCUGGCCGGAUCAACAAUCAUCACGACGAACAACCCCGCCAAUAGAGGAACGCCAACAAGUCCCGCUCGCGUCACUUGAAUCCUCGUUUUUUACCUGGUCAGAUCCCGACGCACCACCAAUCCCGAAGCCACCGUACAAACCUGAGCUUGAAGAGUCACCGCCCAUACCGGAUCCGUUCCCUUUGCUGUCUGAAUACCCGGCUCCGCCGAGGAAGUUCCUGUUGCAGCAUGUCCCCAAACCGCCGAGAGGGCAAUCGAAAGAGGAGGCGCCGCUCUUGAUAGGGUUCACCCGGAACUGGCCUCUGUUGUUGCAAUGCGUCACGAGCUACAUCGCUGCAGGGUGGCCACCGAGCAGCAUUUAUGUUGUGGAAAACACCGGGACCAUGUUUAGCAAUAGGCAGGGGCGUUUGACGUUGCAGAAUCCGUUUUACUUGAAUCAUACCCAGCUGGGGAUGUUGGGGGUGAAUGUCAUCAUUACACCCACCCUGUUGACCUUUGCCCAGCUCCAAAACUUUUACCUCUGGACGGCCCUCAACCGCAACUGGGACUACUUCUUCUGGUCCCAUCAAGACCUCCUCGUCUUUUCGCCACCCGGUGACCCUUCAUCCACUCUCUACUCAAACGUUUUGUCGGUCAUGCAGUAUCUCAAAACCCCCGCCGCUCCCAGGUGGGCUCAUCACUUCUUCGCCUACGACCAUUUGACCCUCGUCAACACUGCCUCUGUCUUGUCCACCGGCGGCUGGGACACCCAAAUCCCCUUUUACUCCACCGACUGCGACAUGUACACCCGCCUGAUGUGGGCUGGCUUCUGGCAAGGGGAGUCGCCCGAUGUAGGGCGCAUCUUUGACGUCAAGACAGUGGUUGAUGACUCUGCUGCGCUACUGUCACUACCGGGUUACCAAGCGAGUUUCAACGGGACGGUGUAUGAGGAUCCGGUUGAGCUGGGGGAGGUGAUGCAGGAUGUAAAGUACAACCAUAGCAACGACAACUCGGGGAGGAAUACCUGGCAGCUGAGGCAGAGGGGGGGACAAGACGAGCCGUUCUAUCGGGACGCGGUUGGGUUUGAGGUGGGGACGCAGAUGACGAUUGAUUUGGGGAGGAAGGUGUUUGCGGAGAAGUGGGGGCAUAGGGGGUGCGAUAUUGCGUUGAUGGAGGGGAUCGAGAGUGGGGAUGCGUGGAGGUUGGAGAGGGAUUGGGAGGAGGGGGAUGGGGGGGAGGAUAGUUGGUAG